AUGCCCGGACAGGAGAAACUAGGCAAACCAGCUCCUCGUAGCCGAACGGGUUGUCUGGAAUGCCGUAGGCGUCACAUUCGAUGUGAUGAGCAACAACCAAAAUGUGGUAAUUGCCUUCGAUCUAGGAAACACCGCGUAUGCGAGUACCCUAUGCCCACGUUGACACUACGCGACCGAAGAGCCCAGGCGAAAGCGCGUAGACCGUGGGACCAGUUGACGUUUGCUGCAGCUAAAACUGUGACUAUGUCCCCGGAAACCUUGCCUUUCGAAAGAGCUCUUAUACCACUCCUAUCGCCUGUCACUGGCAACUCCUAUGCGCUUCGGUCCGUAAUGCUUUUUGCCGCAUUACACUAUGAUUGGUCUACAGAAGAAGGCAUGCAAGCGUUCGAAUCGACCUUUCUACACCAUAAGAUUAAAGCUAUACAAGCUAUCAAUGGCUGGAUCGCCGGGGGACAUCCUCAACUGAUAACUUCCAUUAUUCGACAAAUUGCCACAUUGUGCUUCAUUGAACUCAUCCUCUUAUCUCAGCUUUGCUUGGGAAGUUUAGCUAGUGCCAAAACCCACAUCGAUGGAAUGGUAGUCCUCUUAAAUCAGCAAAGACUGCGAAUACACGAACAACCAGACCCAUACAGAUUUCAGGAUGCCGAAGAAUACCAACAAGACGAAGAGCUCACUGAUCGAUACUUUCUGCUAAUACUUAGCUUUUAUACCCGCUAUACACUGCACAAAGAGCCAUACUCCGGCCAGAAGUCAGGAGAAGAUGGGACCCCGGCACCUGCAAGUGAAACUACUCUAUCGCACCCCUUGAAUCAAAUAGAGAGAAACUGUGACCCUUCACUCAAGCUACUUUCUCUUCGCACGAUGCUCUUAUUUUCAAAGCCCGUGCCACCACGAGCAACUUUGAGCUGGAUAAACGGAAGGGACACGAUUGAAAGAUUAAAAGCCAUCACCGAGAGUCUGGACAUGAUGUACGGAAAGCCGCAUAUCGACCAUGACGAAGUCCAGUUCGCUAUGGCAUGCACGAACUGUGUCGCGUCACAGAUUCAUCUCGACCAGUUAGCUUCUCACAUCGCCUCAUUCUGUUACACCAAGGAUGAAUUGAUAAGGAAGGAAACUGAAGUUUUGGAGAAGCUACAGGAACAAGAACUUCGUACUACGUGGUGUGGCCUAUAUAUUGCUUCUAGCAUCUAUAUCCACCGUGUUCUUGGGCUUGGUGAACCAGAAGAAACGAUGGCCCACGAUUAUAUUAUUCAUGUUUUCAAGAAGGCUCUUAUGAAACAGUUUGGGCGUAUGGGGGAUGGCAGAUCGAUGAGUGACCAGCUUCUACUCUGGGAGAUGAUGUUGGGCGCCAUCAAUGUCACAGUAGACAGUCAAGGUUCUGAUCAACAAGCCACGAAAUAUUUCUCUCAGGCAAUCUGGCAAUGGAGCCGGACUGCUCAGAUAAGAAAUUGGUCAGAUGCCAAAGCUAUUCUAGCAAGAAUAGCAUGGCCAGAAGUUAAUGCGAUGGAGGAUACUGCGAGGCAGAUAUGGGAGCGAUCAUGUGGUGAAACAUGGUAUUGACUUCUUCUCCUACAACUUGUUACAAAGAGGUUUGCAAUAAAAAGGUAGAAGAAGAAUAAGUAUUUUAGAGUUAGAGACUAUAGACAACAGAGGUAAGAGUAACUCGG